AUGGAGCGGAAGCAAGGGUUCUUCUCCGCGCUCAAAGACGAGGUGGUUCGUGGUCUGUCGCCGGCGCGGUCACGGGCCAAGAGCCCGGCGAGGAGCGCAUCGCCGAUGUCCUCGCUGCUGAGGCGGCGCCGGAAGCAGCACGCGCCUCCGCCGGAGCUCUUCAUUGCGAGAUCGGGCAGCCUGAGACCCGCGGAGGCUCUCUCGCCGCUGAAGGAAGGACCCGACGGAACCGACGGCCUCGACUCCACUCGCGGAGAGGGAAGGUGGGGCCAGUGGAUGAAGGGACCACUCGCGAGAGCACCCUCUAUUUCGUCUUCCUCCUCGUCCUCUUCCUCUUCCUCGUGCAAAAAGUCCGAUCUGAGGUUGCUGCUUGGCGUGUUGGGUGCUCCACUCGCUCCCGUGCACGUUUGCACAACGGACCCCUUCCCUCACCUCAGCAUCAAAGACAUCCCCAUUGAAACUUCUUCUGCUCAGUACAUAUUGCAGCAGUACAUUGCUGCUUCCGGGGGGCAGAAGCUUCAGAAUUCGAUUAACAAUGCUUAUGCCAUGGGGAAGGUGAGGAUGAUAGCUUCUGAGUUUGAGACGGCGAACAAGGUCACUCGCAGCCGUAACUCCUCCAAGGCCGCCGAAUCUGGCGGGUUUGUCUUGUGGCAGAUGAACCCGGACAUGUGGUAUGUUGAGCUUGCUCUUGGUGGGAGCAAGGUUCAUGCCGGUUGCAAUGGGAGACUAGUGUGGCGGCACACACCCUGGCUCGGUGCACAUGCUGCCAAAGGGCCGGUUCGGCCUUUGCGACGCGCCCUUCAGGGCCUUGACCCACGAACGACUGCAAGUAUGUUUAUCAAUGCAAGAUGCAUUGGGGAGAAGAAGAUAAACGAAGAGGAUUGUUUCAUCCUCAAGCUUUGUGCAGACCCUUCAACAUUAAAAGCCAGGAGUGAGGGUCCUGCGGAGAUCAUAAGGCAUGUUUUAUUUGGGUACUUUAGCCAGAAAACGGGACUUCUUGUACACUUGGAGGACUCCCAUUUGACCCGCAUUCAGAACAAUGGUGGUGAUGCAGUAUAUUGGGAGACCACUAUAAAUUCCUUUCUUGAUGAUUACAGGCCUGUUGAGGGGAUAAUGAUUGCUCACUCAGGUCGUUCUGUAGUGACGCUGUUCAGGUUUGGGGAAACUGCUAUGAGCCACACAAAAACCAGGAUGGAAGAAGCUUGGACGAUUGAGGAGGUUGCAUUCAAUGUCCCUGGUCUCUCCUUGGACUGUUUCAUUCCGCCAUCUGAGCUACGGUUUGCUUCCAUGAGUGAAGCCUGUGAGCUUCCCCAAGGUCAGAGGGUGAAGACUGCCGUCGCAGCAGCUGCAUACCAUGCCAAAGUUGCUCAACUACAAAAAUCGCAUGAAGGAAACACUAAUAACAUUAACUGGACAGUGGAUGUUUAG